GGCUAACUGCUGAUUAAGGUCAGUCAGCGAUGCAGCACAGAGACGGGGUGACUAAUAGAUGUCAAACAGCGCCUCGACUGCAAUCCAUCAAACCCUUACACCAGUGCUCUUUGUUUAAAUCAGGAUGUUAGACGUGACUCUUAGAAACUGGCCUCCUCUUCUACGUGUAAUAAACAAUCUUUAGGGACGUAUAUAGAAAGCAAGCAGGACAACCGUCUGCCUCUGUACAGGUCUAGACCUGAACUUCCUGUCAGUCUGGACCAGGUUCAUCUCACCAGUCAUGUGACCUGGAAGCCAGACGAACCUCUAACUGUGCUCUCAGACAGAGAGAGAGGACUAAGCCAGAGCUACCAGACGGGGACACAUUGUUUUUGUUUUGUGGAAAACCUGCAACAAUCUCAUCAGCUUUUUAAUAACGGGUUUAAGAUAUGACAAGAUCAAAUUUAUUCCCAAAGGAGAGUCAAUGUGAAAAAAAAAAGCAACCUUUGAGGACUUCUGACAAAGAAGCAAAGAAAUGAUCACAUGGAGGCUGAGUGGCAUCAGUGGGCAGAGAGCUACAGCAAUGAGGAGAGCAGCGACUCAGAGGAUUUCAUGUGUGGAAUCCAGGAGAGCUGUGCUACUGACCUUCAUUGUCAUCCCCAACUAGAAACGGACAUGGCAGCCAUCCGUACUUUGUACUCCGAUGCCGCUGUCUCUGUUCGUGAAUACCCAUCAAUUGAUAGCGUGGAUGUUGAGCUGAACAUUACCCCCAACAUUACACAUGUGGGAGUAGCUAAAGCCUGGAGGAUUAAUCCAUCAGAGCCGAUCGUCAUCCGACUUCACUUCUCCCCGUCUCAGUAUCUGGAUGGACCUGUGCCCUCUGUGGAAGUCUUUCAACCAUCGAAUAGUGAGGAUACGUUCAGUGUAGGAAGGCAACUGAAAAAUAUUCUUACAGUCUUCAUAGCUCAGGAGUGGAAACACCUGACAAACUGCCCUGUUGUCCAGAAAAGGAGCAAACACAACUGGUUGAGACCCAGUGGGACCAUCAAGAAGUUCAGCUCUCGAUUUAGUUUAUGGUUACCACCACCGAGGUCAAAUGAGAUCCAGCAACUGUCUGGCAAAGACAGGAAAGCAAGAAGACAGAAUCAUUUUACAAACCAAACGACUUCUUACAACAUCAAGAACCCAACAGGAGAACUGUUUACAUACACAGCUGGAGGAAAGAAAGUGAUGGUUUCAGCAGUCAAAUCUUCAGCACAUCUGAGCCCCAAACAGCUGGUGGAGCUGCUGUUCACCUCCCAGGCCAUCAGACAUUGUAAAAGCACCCCCACCCUGCAACAUGGCUUCCUGGUUCAGAUAAUGAGGUAUGCUGAGCAGAGAAUCCCCACACUGAAUGAAUACUGCGUUGUCUGUGAUGAACGCCAUGUUUUCCAAAAUGGGCCCAUGCUGAAGACUGCUGUUUGCACACGGGAGCUGUGCGUAUUUUCCUUUCACACACUCGGAGUUAUGUCUGCAGCAACAGAAGAGGUUGCCACCGGUGCAGAGGUGAUUGACCUGCUGGUGGCCAUGUGCAGAGCUGCUCUUCUGUCAUCACGCAAAAGCAUCAUAUUUGAACCGUAUCCCUCCGUUGUUGACCCAUGCAACCCCAAAACUCUGGCCUUCAAUCCUAAGAGAAAGAGCUUUAAACGGCUGCAGAAAGCUCUGGAUGGCGUGCUGCUAGUCAGGAAGAUGGCUCAGGGUCCAUAUUCUGAGAUAAAGAAGCAGAUGGACAAGAUAGACCCCCUCGCUCAUCCUUUACUACAAUGGAUUUUAGCAAGCAACAGAUCCCACAUCGUCAAGCUUCCACUCAACAAGCGACUGAAGUUUAUGUGCACGCCCCAUCAGUUCCUGCUGGUCAGCGCACCUCCAUCUAAAGAGAUCCGCUUUCAAACGGCCAGAAAACUUUACGGCAGCACUUUUGCCUUCCACGGUUCUCACAUUGAAAACUGGCACUCUAUUUUAAGAAGAGGCCUCAUCAAUGCAUCAUAUACAAAAUUACAGCUUCAUGGAGCCGCUUAUGGGAAAGGAAUAUAUCUGAGUCCCAUUUCAAACAUAUCUUUCGGAUAUUCUGACAUGGGUAAAGGUCAACACCAGAUACCGACCAGAGAUGAACUAAUUGCAAAAUACAACCGAAUUAAUAUAAUAAAACAGGAAGAAGCAGGGCAACCAAGGUUUCUGCAAAGCGCCAACCUGAGCUGCAUUGCACUCUGUGAAGUCGUUACUUCAAAGGCCCUUCAGAAGCAUGGGAACGUUUGGGUUUGUCCGGUGUCGGACCAUGUGUGCACACGUUUCCUGUUUGUGUAUGAAAACGGUCAGGUGGGAGAUGUGCACAUCAACUCGCAAGACGCACAAAUCCAGAGGGAAAUUUUACAGGCGACUGGAUCCGAGCCCUGCUGAGAACACCAGUGCACUUUCCUGCAAGUGUAUCAAUGAACAUUUACUGGAAACCAGUUUAGCUUUCAUAUUUUUAGGCUGUAAUUAACAACUAUUGUUCAUCAUCAGUUAUAUUUUUUUACUGUAUUUCAUUACAAUGAUUGCCUGAUCCAAUUUGGGUUGUUUUAUAU